AUGUUUGCGGCCUUCGCCGGCGACCGGGGCUCACCCGCGGGCAGCGAGAGCCUCGCGGACGGUUCGCCGUCUUUCGGGAGAGAAGAAGAGAUGGAAGGCGAUGAGGUCCUCUGCGCAGUUGAAUUCAGCAAAGGCGCUGGCGGAGGCGCGAAGGGCGCCGGCGCAGGUGUCAACGUCAUUGGUGUCUGCCUGUUCGAUCGCCGCGCCUUCAAAAUUCAGUUCUGCGAAAUCGCCACGAGCAACGACCUCGCGAUCCUCGAAGCUUUCCUGCUGCAGGUACGGCCUUCGUGCGUGAUCUCAACCGAGGCGGGUGGCGCGAACGCUGCAGGCGAGGGCUGGCAGAAGAAGUUGGAAGACCUCGUCGCGAGCUGCGACAGCGAGUUCAUUCGCGUUAAGAAGAGCGCUGCAGACACCUCGAGUCUGCAUCAGGAUCUGGCGACGCUUCUGACACCCGACGACUCGAUAAAAAACCACAUCUCUAGGGAACUCCAGCUAAAAACUGCGUCUGCCGCCUGUGCGGCUCUUCUUUCGCACGCCCGGCUCCUCAGCGACGACAUUUACAACAAUCAGUGCACGUUGGAGACCUACCCGUUGGAUCUGUACUUGCGGAUUGACGCCGCGGCUGCGGCGGCUCUUUACCUCUUCCCCACGUCGCAGGCGCAGCAGCAAGUCCUUCUCCCUGCAGCCGCCAAAGGAGGCUCGGGCGCAGCGCGAGCUUCCUCGCUCGCCGCGGCAGUCUCUGCGGGCGGCGGCGUGUCGAGCAUCUUCGCAUUGAUCAGCCGGUGGUGCACCACGCAGCUCGGCGCGCGGCGCCUCUUCACCUGCAUGGCGCAGCCUCUCGUGGACAAGGCGCAGAUUGAGCAGCGCUACGACAUCGUCGAGAUCUUCCAGAGAGACGAGGCAUUUCGCAGGCAAGUCUUCUGCUCGCACUUUAAGCACGUGACCGACCUGGAUCGCCUGGCGGGUCGCUUCCAUCGCCUGGCGUCUGCGACAAAAGAUCUCGAGGACGAGACGGCAACCUUCGCCAGUGGAAAAAGGAGCAUUUUCUCUCGCGUGAAGCUCACCCUCGAGGACCUUGUGAAGCUCUACGACUGCGCAGUCGAGUGCACAUCCCUCGAGUCGUCGCUUCGCGGAUACGAGGGCGCUCACCGCGCGUCCCUGGAGAAGAUGUUUGCGGCACCUUUGUCGGAGAUUGUGAAGAGUUUUGGGAGCUUCAUCAACUUGAUCGAGUUCACAAUCGACAUGGAGGAGGCGAAGCGCGGCUACUUUGUGAUCAGUCGGCGCUUUGAGCCGCAGCUCGCGGAGCUCCUGGAUAAGAAAGAUGACAUGCGCAGGCGUAUGAACCGCGAAAGGCAGAAAGCGGAAGACGAGAUCCCCUUCACGUGCCGAAAACGCGACGCGGAAAUCGUCAAACUCGUCGAGGAUAACACCAUGGGCUUCGUUCUCCGCGUCACCAAAAAAGACCAGCCAGCUGUGCAGGGCUACCGAGGUCGCUACCAUCAAGUCCGUUUAAACAAGAGCGAAUUUAUUUUCACAACUUCGGAGUUGAAGGCGCUCUGCCGCGAGUACCAAGACGUCUGCGAGGCGUACGAAGAGAUGCAGAAGUCCUUGGUUGAGAAGGCGCUCCUCGUCGCCGCGUCCUACUGGCCUCUCGUGGAGAAGCUCGCGGAGCUCCUCGGCAUGCUGGACGUGCUGGGCGCUUUCGCCGCUGCUGCAAACUCCGCGCCGAUUCCCUACGUCCGCCCAAAUAUCGUGGAAGGCGAAGGCGCCGGCCUCGCGCUGAAGGGCUCGCGGCACCCGCUCCUGGAGAUUCAGCCCGGGAGCUCGUCCUUCAUCUCGAACGACGUUCAGCUGGACCGGAACCGGCGCCUCAUCAUCAUCACCGGGCCCAACAUGGGAGGAAAGUCCACAUACAUUCGCCAAGUCGCGCUGACGGUUAUCAUGGCGCAGAUGGGGUGUUUCGUCCCCUGCGAAAGCUGCACUCUUCCGAUCUUCAAGCAAGUUAUCUGCCGCGUCGGCGCUUCCGAUAUCCAGUUGCGGGGCGUCUCGACAUUCUUGGCUGAGAUGGCAGAGGCUGCGGCGAUUCUGCGCAACGCAGACGAGCAGAGUCUCGUCGUGAUUGAUGAACUCGGCCGAGGCACGUCCACCUACGAGGGUUUCGGGUUGGCAUGGGCGAUUGCGAAGCACCUGGCCGCGGAGGUGAAGUGUCUCUGUUUGUUUGCGACGCACUUCCACGAGAUGGGGCAUCUCGCCGCGGAAGUCGCGACAGUCGUCAACGUGCACGUCUCCGCGGCCGUCGACGAGAAGAGUCGCAAACUCGCUUUCCUGUACCGCCUUGUGCCCGGCUGCGUUGACCAAUCCUACGGAGUGCAUGCGGCGGAGUUUGCCGGGCUCCCAGAGAGCGUCGUCGCUCGCGCGCGCCUCAAGUCUGCGGAGCUCGAGGCCGUGGAACGCGCGGAGAAGGCGCGAAGUCUUCUGCAGACGCAGCCUGAGGGGGAGGCGGAGGCGCCCGCCGCGGCAGAAGAGCGCGCAGCGCGCAAGCGACGCUGCAAGGCGCGCGAGGCCGCCUUCGGGGAGCUCGCCAACACUUUGAAGCGCCUCUGCGAAGCCCCCGACGCCCAGAGCUUCGUCUCAGCCGCCGAGAAGGAGAAAGAACACAUCAAACAAUGCACAGACAGCGCCGCCCCAGACACCUGGAAAGAACAAGAAGCCGCGACGCGCGCCGCAGCCGCGCAGGGCGUCGCCGCGUAG